AUGCCCAACACCCCUGUUCUGCUUAUUGCCAUCGUGCUCCCACUAGCUGUAGCUGUUUACCUUCAAACUCUCCAACUAAGCCACAGUACCUGGUCCCUGAAACUCACCCACAGUACCCUCCAGCUCCUGCCCCAGAAACUCACCCACAGCACCCUUCAGCUCCAGUCCCAGAAACUCGCCCACAGUACCCGCAAGCUCCUGCUCCUGAAACUCGCCCACAGUACCCUCCAGCUCCUGCUCCUGAAACUCACCCACAGUAUCCUCCUGCUCCUGAAACUCGCCCACUGUACCCGCAAGCUCCUGCCCCUGAAACUCGCCCACAGUACCCUCCAGCUCCUGAAACUCACCCACUGUACCCUCCAGCUCCUGCCCCAGAAACUCGCCCACAGUACCCUCCAGCUCCUGCCCCAGAAACUCGCCCACAGUACCCUCCAGCUCCUGCCCCAGAAACUCACCCACAGUACCCCGAAGCUCCUGCUCCUGAAACUCACCCACAGUACCCUCCAGCUCCUGCCCCAGAAACUCGCCCACUGUGCCCGCAAGCUCCUGCCCCUGAAACUCGCCCACAGUACCCCGAAGCUCCUGCUCCUGAAACUCGCCCACAGUACCCCGAAGCUCCUGCUCCUGAAACUCGCCCACAGUACCCCGAAGCUCCUGCCCCAGAAACUCGCCCACAGUACCCCGAAGCUCCUGCCCCAGAAACUCGCCCACAGUACCCCGAAGCUCCUGCCCCAGAAACUCGCCCACAGUACCCUCCAGCUCCUGCCCCAGAAACUCGCCCACAGUACCCUCCAGCUCCUGAAACUCGCCCACUGUACCCGCAAGCUCCUGCCCCUGAAACUCGCCCACUGUACCCUCCAGCUCCUGCCCCUGAAACUCGCCCACAGUACCCUCCAGCUCCUGCCCCAGAAACUCGCCCACAGUACCCUCCAGCUCCUGCCCCAGAAACUCACCCACAGUACCCCGAAGCUCCUGCUCCUGAAACUCACCCACAGUACCCCGAAGCUCCUGCUCCUGAAACUCGCCCACAGUACCCCGAAGCUCCUGCUCCUGAAACUCGCCCACAGUACCCCGAAGCUCCUGCCCCAGAAACUCGCCCACAGUACCCCGAAGCUCCUGCCCCAGAAACUCGCCCACAGUACCCUCCAGCUCCUGCCCCAGAAACUCGCCCACAGUACCCUCCAGCUCCUGCCCCAGAAACUCGCCCACAGUACCCUCCAGCUCCUGCUCCUGAAACUCACCCACAGUACCCACAAGCUCCUGCUCCUGAAACUCACCCACAGUACCCUCCUGCUCCUGAAACUCGCCCACAGUACCCUCCAGCUCCUGCCCCAGAAACUCACCCACAGUAUCCUCCUGCUCCUGAAACUCGCCCACAGUACCCGCAAGCUCCUGCUCCUGAAACUCGCCCACAGUACCCGCAAGCUCCUGCUCCUGAAACUCGCCCACAGUACCCACAAGCUCCUGCUCCUGAAACUCGCCCACAGUACCCGCAGGCUCCUGCUCCUGAAACUCACCCACAGUAUCCUCCGGCUCCUGCUCCUGAAACUCACCUACAGUACCCUCCUGCUCCUGAAACUCGCCCACUGUACCCACAAGCUCCUGCUCCUGAAACUCACCUACAGUACCCUCCUGCUCCUGAAACUCGCCCACUGUACCCACAAGCUCCUGCUUCUGAAACUCACCCACAGUAUCCUCCUGCCCCUGAAACUCGCCCACUGUACCCACAAGCUCCUGCUCCUGAAACUCGCCCACAGUACCCUCCUGCUUCUGAAACUCACCCACAGUAUCCUCCUGCCCCUGAAACUCGCCCACAGUACCCUCCUGCUCCUGAAACUCGCCCACAGUACCCGCAAGCUCCUGCUCCUGAAACUCACCCACAGUACCAGUAUCCUCCUGCUCCUGAAACUCGCCCACAGUACCCUCCAGCUCCUGCUCCAGAAACUCACCCACAGUAUCCUCCUGCUCCUGAAACUCGCCCACAGUACCCGCAGGCUCCUGCUCCUGAAACUCACCCACAGUAUCCUCCGGCUCCUGCUCCUGAAACUCACCUACAGUACCCUCAAGCUCCUGCUCCUGAAACUCACCUACAGUACCCACAAGCUCCUGCUCCUGAAACUCGCCCACAGUACCAGUACCCUCCUGCUCCUGAAACUCGCCCACAGUACCCGCAAGCUCCUGCUCCUGAAACUCACCCAGAGUACCCUCCAGCUCCUGCUCCAGAAACUCACCCACAGUAUCCUCCUGCUCCUGAAACUCACCCACAGUAUCCUCCUGCUCCUGAAACUCGCCCACAGUACCCUCCAGCUCCUGCCCCAGAAACUCACCCACAGUAUCCUCCUACUCCUGAAACUCGCCCACAGUACCCUCCAGCUCCUGCUCCUGAAACUCACCCACGGUAUCCUCCUGCUCCUGAAACUCGCCCACAGUACCCUCCAGCUCCUGCCCCAGAAACUCACCCACAGUAUCCUCCUACUCCUGAAACUCGCCCACAGUACCCUCCAGCUCCUGCUCCUGAAACUCACCCACAGUAUCCUCCUGCUCCUGAAACUCGCCCACAGUAUCCUCCUGCUCCUGAAACUCGCCCACAGUAUCCUCCUGCUCCUGAAACUCGCCCACAGUAUCCUCCUGCUCCUGAAACUCACCCACAGUACCCUCCAGCUCCUGCUCCUGAAACUCGCCCACAGUACCCUCCAGCUCCUGCUCCUGAAACUCACCCACAGUACCCAGCCCCAGAAAUGCAGCCAGAGCAUCGUCCAGCUCCAGCCACAGAAAUUCCCCCACAGUACCAUGCAGCUCCAGCCCCUGAAGCUCAUGCACAGUAUCCUUCAGCUUCAGCCCCAGAAAUUCACCCAGAGUACAUGACUCCAGAAACUGACCCAC